CCUCCCUCCCUCCCCUCCCCCCCCUCAUAACUACAUCUACACACUCACGCCAAAGCAUCUCUGCUCCGUGCACCACCUGCCUCGAAUAAGAAUCAUGCUUCCCCGCUGGGUUUCGCAACGUCUUCCCACUCUCGUGCCGCGAGCGGCUCGGGAGGCGCUUCCCCGCGCGGCCGGGUCCCUGACCGGCGCGCUGGAGUCACUCCUUUCACCACCGGGCUCGGGGCGCUCCGAGCAUGACGGCCCGCAGUUGGAGCCACUCCUGAUCCCCCUGGAGCGCGAGGAGUAUCCGCCCCGCCGGUCGGGCUCCGACAACGGGCCCUUCGAUGGCCGGCGAUACUUUUCUACCACGGCCACCAGCAUGAUGCCGGCUGGCGGGCCCUUCCGGCCCUCCCCCCCGGCGCCGGUCUUCUCCACCUGGGUCAACAAUAUCUUCAACUCGGUGGACAACUCCCGCAUCCGCCUUCUUGGCGCGGACCUUGCCGCGGCCGAGUUCUUCCUCAAGGCCGAUGGCAAGAUUCGCCUCGAGGGGGAUGCCGAAUGGCUGACCAACCCCCAGCAACUUCUCCUUCGUCUGGACACCCUGUGCCCCGGGAUCCAGAACAAGAAGCCCAAGUACACCGGGCCCACGCCAGCCAUUGUGGACGCUGACCUCUCCGGCACGGCGAUCACCGACCGUGGCAUGGCCUACCUGGCCGGUGUCAAAGGCCUGGAGACCCUCAACCUGAGUGGGUGUCAGCUCAUCGGGGAAGAUGCGGCGGCUCUGAUUGGCAAGCUCCCCCAGCUGCGGGAACUGGAUCUCUCCAGGACCCGGCUCACCGAGGAUCAGGUCGCCCUGGCGGUUGCCUCGCCCGGGCUUCGUCGUGUCUGCGCUUUGAACAUGGCCUUCCCCUCGGACGUGGCGCGUCAGGCCAUCGUCAUGGCUGUUCGCAAUCCCGACUGCGAAAUCAUUGUCUAAUUGCCGAGGGGGAAGGGACAGAGCAGUCUGCCUGUCUGAAGGAGGCCCUCUGCGCACGUCCGAGUGGCGAAGAAGAGGCCCUCUGCCGCUCCCCGCGCCUCCCUUUGCUCUUCACAUUGUCCGCACAUACACCGACACACCCGCCCCCCCCCCCCCCUCCC